GGGCAAACUAUUUCCAGGUGCGAGCGAUGUCGGCGGCACCGCAGCAUCAUGCACCUGCGUUCGGCGACAACGAAAGGAGCCAUGGAAGCUUCCUCAAGUGCAUGCGGCCAAAAGAGCGGUUUUGCUUGCCGCGAACAAAGGCCCGUGCAGGGUCGAUGCACCACACGACAUCGGCAGUCGGGUCGCCUCCGACGCCGAAACGACGAUUUUUCUCCAACGAAAGGACUCGUGCGUCGUCGAUUCAUUACCAGCACGGUCAACCACCGACCGCAUCGUGCGACUGCGUCGGUCUCAAGUCCCUUCGGUGUCAGUACGCGUCGUUGGGGUGCGACAGUCCGUCGUCGCCGUCCCGGGGCCGCGGGUCGGUUUUGUCGCACCACGUGGCAUCCGCUCACAACCGAGAAAUCGAAAUGACGUCGAUGGUGUCUGCGAAAAAGAAGAAGUGGGAAGAAAAGUUCACGUCCAAGGAAUGGGAGCUCGACUGGCUGCAAAAGUGGCGCAAACGCACGCUCGAGGAACCGGUACCGUCCACGAGCUCGUCGCCGCCCGCCGACCACUCCCGGCCGUCUUUGGCCGAACGCGUCUCCGACCAGCACUUCCAGCAGCAUGCAGGGUUUCGGCGGCGGAGUCUAUCGGACGCAGGGCAUAUGGGUUUCAUGGGGUUCUCCCUCGGGCAGUGGCAAGUCGACACGAUGCUUCGGUCUGGCGUUCCCAUCGAGUAUCGCGGCCAAGUGUGGUGGCUCUGCAGUGGUGCGGCGCAGAAACGAUCGACCGCAUCCAUCUCAGACCAGUACGAGUCGCUCCUGUGGCGCGCCGACGAAGUCCGCGUCGACGUGAGCACCGAGAUCGAGAAGGAUCUGUAUCGAACAUUCCCCCAUGAGCCGGACACGCGCGACGAGCGGGAAGCGUCCAUUUCCGAGCUGCGGCGGCUCUUGUCCAUGUACAGUUUGCGAAAUCCCAAGGUCGGGUACUGCCAAAGCAUGAACUUUCUCGGCGCGAUGCUGCUCGUGUACUUGGGCGAGGAAGAGGCGUUCUGGGUCCUUGCGUGCAUCGUGGAGGACCUCGUGCCUGGCUACCACACCAAGUCGAUGGUUGGAAGUCGCGUCGACCAGCAUGUGUUUGCUGCGCUUAUCGAACAGAAGCUGCCCCACGUGGCGCACCACCUGCAGGCGCUCCACGUGCACCUGGCCCCAGUCACGUUCAAGUGGUUCCUCUGCCUCUUUGUCAACACGCUGCCCCUCGAAACGACGCUGCGGGUGUGGGACGUGUUUUUCUCGGAAGGGAGCAAGGUGAUCCACCGCCUUGGCCUCACGCUGAUCAAACUCCUCGCGCCCGACAUCCUUGCCGCGGACGAAGCAUUCGACGUGUACGAGUUGCUCAAGUUUUCACCGCGGACGCUGGCGACGCUCAUGGCGCCGCACCGGAAAGCUCCGCAAUGGCGGAAGCAGGACGACUGCUUCUGCGACACCCUGCUGCGCCUCGCAUUUGACAAAGCGUUCCUGGGCCCGUUUCCGUAUCGCUCGAUCGUUGACCUUCGCGCGUUCUACCAAACGUACGUCGAAGGCGAAGUUGCGCGCGCCGCCGACGCGACGGAUACGUCGCCUGCCGCGGUCGACACGAGCGGGGCUGCCGCCAAAGCGUUGCGCAGGACGGACGAGUACGACUUUGUCGACGACUUCAAAGCGCCCGACGACCUCGACUACGAAUUUCUCGUCACGUCGUCCAACGCAAGCAGUGGCAGCGGAUGCGCCGCCGAUUCGUCGUGGCGGACAGGAUCGUCGGCGGGAGGGCCGGCCGCGAUGGGAUCGCUGCCAACAGAACGCCCUCUGAUUGAGAAUUAUUGGUAGCUUACACGAUGUCAUGCAGUGUUCAUUCAAGCACGCGGCCAUGGCACACGGAAGAGGUCGGACUACCAUUCGUGUUUGGGUACGUAGAAGGUGUGGAAGCAAUCAGCGGCGCGUUCGAGAGGACUGUGCCACAAUGUCGCGCAGGUGGGCUUGAUACGUCGGAGACAGCAACGCUGACGCAGCAGCAUCGUGCGAUGUCGCGUCGAUUUGCUGCAGCAGGAAGAGAAGCGAAACUUGGUACACGUCCGACUGGCGGGGACUGUAGUGGUCGGCGUGGUCAACAAUGAGUUUCGCGCACGGCCCG